UGCGACGAACAAAAAUUCUUUGGACAGAUUUAUUUGCAUGAUAUUCUGCGGGGUUCAACCAUCUCUGUAUCCGUCUCCCUUAUCGUUUGCUGUCUAGCAGUGAUCGUAAAUCCCACAACAAAUCUGGGAUCCAUUGGAGCGCGCUUUUGAACUGCGCCAUGCUGUUGUACGCGAACGACAAAUCCGCGUGGAACGCCGUGGACGUCCUGGUAAACGACGGCCAGCUGCAACACGGGCAUGUGAUCAACGUGGUGGAAGGCGGCCUGAUGAUAAAUUUCCAGUGUCCCGCGCAGCGCUCGCAGUUCAUCGAAUACGGUCGUAUCUUCCGCUGCAGCCAGUACAAGCUGUUCUGGAGUUCUGGUGAAGACGAGCAGGUGCUGCUGCGCCGUGGUCCCGACGGCGCCUGGAUUUGGUAUCCGGGCCGGAUCCUGCCCCUGGCGGUGGAACACUACGAUGACGCAGUAUGGGUGGAAGUGCAGCUGGCCGACGGCACUGUUAACGAGCUGGUACUGCCCGGCCAGGUGCGUCCGCUGCCCACGGACGCGGAGUUGUGCCAGCAUCUCGUGAUGAAGGAGGAUUUUGUCGUCCGCUCGUGCCCACUUCCCCCCGCCUUCUGGUCCGAGGGGUCGCAGCGCCUCAGGGAGGUGUUGCAGUGCGAUCUGAACCAACGCCGUAAUAUCUUCUGCACCGCGCUGCUCAGCCAGGCGCUUCUCUAUCUGCAGUGUCGAGCCGCGGUUCCUCUGACAGUUGAGCAAGUGGAAGCUGCCUACCACGAGGCGCGAAUCGACGUGGAGAGUGGUUGCUUGUCUUGGGCAGCGCAACGAACACUCCGUCAAAACAGGAAGGGUAUCGAUCAGAAAAAUUGGAAGCGUCCUGUUGGCGGCAUACAUCUGCCGUUGCCCGUUGAGCUGCUGGUGGAGGUCUUUCAGUCGUUGGACUCUGUCGGGCGCGUCCGCUGUCGGCGAGUCUGUCAGUUGUGGAACACGGUUCUCACCACGGACGCCUACUUCCCCGACGUGCACGUCUCAGGCCGGUACUACGAGGAGCACACAGAUGAAAUGUACUGGCUGCUGGCGUGUCUGCUGAAAUUCCCCAACCACGCCACCAAGAUCAUCAUCCUGAAGGAGGUGGGCUGGAAUGACAUCCUGGGGGAUUUGCAGACACUUAUUAACAAGCUCGGAAAAUCGCCCAACGUGCCGACGCUGGUCUGCUACCAGUGCGACAUCGCCGAUGACGGUGACUACAUGGAAGAGGUCGUCAUGCGCAUGACGGAUAUGGUUAUGGACUUGGCGGUGUACCAGAGAAUCCGCUGGAAGCAGUGCCGCGUGCAUGGAUACCACAUACAGGCCGUUGUAACGGAACAGUUCUUGUAUGGGAAACUGGUCAGGGAGGAGUUGGAAGAGAAGAUGUGGGAUCUGUUCGAACGCAAUCUGCUCCUCAAGAAGCCGCUGGAUCGGCCGGCGCUGUCAGCAUCGUUUGCGGAUUACAUCGCUCAUAAACACACGGCGGAUAUCGACGAGCGCAUUGUCGAGGGAAGUGGUUUUGUGGUGUUCUGCUAAUAUUGGCAGUGAAAUUAGUCAACUAGCUUAUGCGUGUAGGUGCUUAAUUAUGACCAGAGGGUGGAUCCGCGCGAGACCACGCAUUACCGCGAUCGGGAGUGGACGAUGGCCGAUCUCGUCGAGGUGGAUUUCAGCCAGCUGACGACCAUCACGACGGUAGUCUUGAGCGCCGUUCUCGAUGCAGUCGGCUGAGGAUCCGUUUCCCGGAGGGUACUGGAGGCACUGGGCGGAUUAGACGUAGGGAUGGCAAAAACUUGUUUUCCACUUCACUUGACUUUUGAUCGGUUUUUUCGACAAGUAAAUUUUUUUAAAAAUGCUUAGAAACCCAAGUCAGCUUGCAAUACUUAGCUUGAAAGUCCAAACCAAGUUAAUAACUUGGAGUCGACUUAAAUUUUUCUUUACUAUGCGUGCUAAUAGUACUGCGUUUUUUCGAUAGCUGACAGCCGGUCAUACUUUUUUAACUUGGUGCGCGCUACCAGCAUCCAUAGACUACAGAUGUCAACGUAAUUGCCGGGAGAGGUGCGCGUAGUAGGGCAAAAAGAUAAGACAGUCGUGGAGAAAACAGCACUAAGCGCUAGUAAUUUAAACGGAAAAAUGUUUAAACUGGUCCUUUUGCUUAAACCGCUUUGAAUAUUUUCUAAUUAUUGUAAAAGUCUUUCAAGUCGACUGGAAAAUGAAUUUGGGGACUCGGUUUCCCUUUCCAAGUCGACUUGAGUAGUAACUUGGUUUGAAAGGAUAAGUUCUAAGAAUUUAACUUGACUUCUCUUCCCCAAGUUUUUCGCAAUAACUCAAGUUUUCAAGUCGACUUCGCCAAGUUUUUGCCAUCCAUAAAUUUAGACGUACGCUGCCCCGUAGUAUCAACAUCGAGACUGCUGCCAGCGCAAUUUAAUAGUGAGUCGGCGAAGUCCGCCGUAAACCGUAAAACGGGCACCGCUUUUAAUCAAGAGUACAGAGUUAGACAGAGCGUGUGUCUAACGAAUUUCUGUCUGCUCCCUUGAUUAAAUGCGUUUUACGGCGCCCGGUCGCCUGUCCAGGCGGACUUCGCCGACUCACUAAUGCCAUAGAUUGAUGACGUUGUAGCUUGAAAGCGGAAUCAGUGACCUCGAUGAUGUAGCGUAAUUUCUGUACGAAUCGCACUUGCACUUUGUUGUUUUCAGCGUCUGUAACUUAAUAACUGUGCAUAUUCACAUUGCUCCCUGACGAUUCUUGAAUAAUGGGAUUCUAACGAAAAUCCCAGGAUUUUCACGAAAAUGUACAGAAAAAUGUGCUCUACAAGGAAAUUUGCAAGUGCACUGCUGUGAAAUGUGAAUUGUAAUUUGUUUAAGUUUCUCA